AUGAAGAACCUGACAGCAAAGAAGGAGGGGUCGCAGAUGGAACAGGUUCAAGAGAUUGCUUCACUUCGAUGGUGCAGCCAAGGCUCCCAUGUAGAUGAUCAGGUGUCGACUGAUCUGGUUCUCUACUCGUGUCCGUGGAAGAUUAAGAAGAAGCUGCAAGCAAGUGACCUGGGAGGGCUGUCGAGGCUGCUUCUCCCCAAAAAUGAGGUCAAGAACCACAUUAUUCCCCUCAUGAGCGAUGAGUGGGUCGGCAAGAUCGUGAGCAGGGACGGGAUGAGCGUGACCGUGUGGGAUAGGGACACGGACUCUUACCAUGCGCUGGUGUUAAGGUACUGGCAGUCAUCGGGGUGUUUUGUUCUCAACGGGCAUUGGAUUGAGAACUUCGUGCUUCGUCGGAGGCUCAGCCUCGGCGAUGAGAUAGGACUCUUCUGGAGCCGUUAUGAUCAGAAGUUGUACUUCUCCGUUCUUCAACGAGGGCAGCCUAGAGAAGUGAAUUUGUGUGGGGCCAAAUUUCACUGA